AGAGGAAGUGAAGUUCCCAGAGUCAGUGUUGCCAAAUUGUCGAUUUUGCCGCUAGAGCUGGCGACAUUCCAACCCCCCUCGACGACAUAUUUCCUCAAAAGCGACCAGUGACAAAACUUGACCUUUUCUUGGGUAAUUUUUUUGUAUUUGGGGACUCAAAAGUGAAAGCCUGUAUUUUGUGUGCUCACUGAGCAAUAGCGGGUGCUGUGGACAGGUCCGCCCCGCCCAAAGGCAGUCACAAGCCGGCAGGAACCAGUCAGCUUCCAGGGCGCGAUGCCACGGGGUGGAGCUGUAAAACGCAAAUGUUUCUUAAUCUUCCGUUCCCCUGGAUAAAAGAGGCAAUGAAUGUCUUUCACCCUUAAAGUCAUGACAUCAUGAUGCAACCAUCAGCUUCAUCUAUAUUAUCCCAUUCAUCAUCCCUACCCCUAUAAAAGAAGAGACGUGGUCAUUUUUAGGCAGAUGGUGACCCAGCAGAGCACCUGAGGAAGCCGCAGAUUCGGUUCCGGCGCCGUGAGCACCAUUGCUGCAAAGCCGAGCACCAGCGGAUAGGACCCGGUGGCGAUCACUCCGGAGCCCGGCCGAGGAGCGAGCGAGCGAGUGAGCGAGCGGAGCACGGCAGGCCGGGCGCCGGCAGCAGGCGGCCGGAGGAAGGUUGCUGCCAGCUUCUCCAUCCAAGUCCCCCUCUUGUACCCCAUCCCAAAUCUGACCCUACAUGGCAUCCAAGCUGAACCCCAACGUCUUGCACGUGGCCGAGCUGAGCGAGUCGGUCCAAACGGACGCUGAGAGAACCCCUAUGGCAGGUGAGGCGGGAGACGAGUCGUCCGACAGCGAUGGCGAGCAAGAGGAGACGUCGCAUAAACUGAUCCGCAAAGUGUCCACUUCAGGCCAGAUCCGCGCCAAGAAGAGCGUAAAGGAGGGAAUCUUGUUGAAGCAGACCAGCUCCUUCCAAAGAUGGAAACGGCGCUAUUUCAAACUCAGAGGGAGGACGCUCUACUAUGCCAAGGACUGCAAGUCUCUCAUAUUUGACGAGGUGGACCUGUCAGACGCCAGCGUAGCGGAGACCAGCACCAAGAACAUCAACAAUAGUUUCACCGUCAUUACUCCUUUUCGCAAGUUGAUGCUGUGCGCUGAGAACAGGAAAGAAAUGGAAGACUGGAUCGGCGCUCUAAGGUCUGUCCAGAAGUGGGAAAUCUAUGAGGCCAGCCAGUUCAACAUGGAGCAUUUUUCAGGGAUGCACAACUGGUAUGCUUGCUCGCACGCCCGCCCCACCUUCUGCAAUGUCUGCAGGGAGGCUUUGCCCGGUGUCACCUCCCAUGGCCUGUCCUGCGAAGUAUGCAAGUUCAAAGCUCACAAGCGAUGUGCAGUUCGCUCCACCAACAACUGCAAGUGGACCACCCUGGCUUCCAUCGGGAACGACAUCAUAGAAGAUGAGGAUGGGGUAUCCAUGCCUCACCAGUGGCUGGAAGGCAACCUGCCCGUCAGCGCCAAGUGUGUUGUGUGCGAUAAGAACUGUGGCAGCGUGCGGCGACUGCAGGACUGGCGCUGCCUAUGGUGCAAAGCCAUUGUCCACAGCAGCUGUAAAGAACAAAUGGCCAAAGUCUGUCCCCUGGGUCAGUGUAGAGUGUCCAUCAUCCCUCCCACUGCACUUAACAGCAUCGACUCUGACGGCUUCUGGAAGGCCACCUCGGCAUCCUGCUCCAGUCCUCUUCUGGUCUUGGUCAACUCUAAAAGCGGAGACAACCAGGGUGUCAAAUUUUUGCGCAAGUUCAAACAACUCCUCAACCCGGCACAAGUCUUCGAUCUCAUGAACGGGGGGCCGGAGCUCGGCCUGCGCCUUUUCCAGAAAUUUGUCACGUUCCGUAUCCUGGUGUGCGGGGGAGAUGGCAGUGUGGGCUGGGUACUCUCUGAGCUGGAUAAGCUCAACCUCCACAAGCAGUGUCAACUGGGCGUGCUGCCGCUGGGCACCGGUAACGACCUGGCCCGAGUCUUGGGCUGGGGAGGUCUCUGUGAUGAUGAUGCUCAACUGCUGCAGAUCUUGGAGAAGCUAGAGAGGGCCACCACCAAAAUGCUGGACCGGUGGAGCGUGAUGACGUACGAGGUUCCCGCCACCACGAAACAGACGGCAUUAUUAAAGGAAGACGACCCCCUCGACUCCCCCUUGCAGGUUCACAUCACUCAGUAUGCAGACUCUGUGGCGUCCCACCUGGCAAAGAUCCUGGACUCAGACAAACACAGCGACGUCAUUUCCUCUGCCAAGUUCUUGUGUGGGACGGUAAAUGAGUUUGUGGUGGAGGUGGGCAAGGCAUAUGAGAGGGCCACUGAGAACAAGGAAGAGGCAGAUGCCAUGGCUAAGAAGUGUGCAUUGCUGAAUGAGAAGCUAGAUUCUCUGGUCAAAGCCUUAAGCGAGGAAGUGGACGCGCAGGUGGUUCCGGCAGAUUCCAUUCCCAGCCAGGAGGAUGGCGGAUCAGGCCCUGAUAAAAACGGUGGCGACACUGGCUCUGACGGUCAAACGUACCGCUCCAGGGAGCAGCUGAUGCUGCGGGCCAACAGCCUGAAAAAGGCACUGAGGCAGAUCAUCGAACAAGCAGAAAAAGUGGUGGACGAGCAGAACCGACACACUGAGUUCCAUAGGAUGUCUUCCUCAUCCUCCAUUAAAAGGGAAAACAGCGAGGAGCUGAAGGAUGCCGAGAUGCGCCACGGAAGUCUGAGCCCAUCCUCGCCCAUCGUCCUGGAGAAACCAGAUAGCCUCCAUGCAGUCAACUUCAACGAGGAUGUACAAUGCUGGGAGAAGUGUGUCAUGAACAACUACUUUGGCAUUGGCCUGGACGCUAAGAUCUCACUGGAGUUCAACAACAAGAGGGAUGAGCACCCCAAAAAGUGCAGCAGUCGCACAAAGAACAUGAUGUGGUACGGAGUCCUGGGGACGAAAGAGCUCGUCCAGAAGACCUACAAAAACCUGGAGCAGAGGGUUCAGCUCGAGUGUGAUGGCGUCUCCAUGCCUCUGCCGAGUCUCCAGGGGCUGGCUGUGCUGAACAUUCCCAGCUAUGCAGGCGGCAUCAACUUCUGGGGCGGCACCAAGGAGGACAAUAACUUUGGUGCGCCAUCUUUUGAUGACAAGAAGCUGGAAGUGGUGGCCGUGUUUGGCAGCAUGCAGAUGGCCAUGUCCAGAGUCAUCAACCUGCAGCACCACCGAAUUGCUCAGUGUCGCCAAGUGAAGAUCACCAUCCUGGGUGAGGAGGGAGUCCCCGUGCAGGUGGACGGCGAGGCCUGGAUCCAGCCACCUGGCAUCGUCAAGAUCAUCCACAAGAAUCGAGCUCAGAUGCUGACAAGAGACCGGGCGUUCGAGAGCACGCUGAAGUCUUGGGAGGACAAGAUGAAGAUCGACAUCGACCGCAACCCCAGGCCCCGCCUUGACUCACAGCAGUCCAUGGAGUACCUGACGGAGGAAGAGUGCGCUCAGGUGCAGCAGCUCGGCAUCGUGGCCGACACGCUCAUCAACAAGAUCCGUGAGGCCGCCAAGACCCACAAGCUGGUGGAGCAGGAGUUGGCGCAUGCUGUCAACGCCAGCGCCAUGGUGCUGACCGAGGCCAAGCUGUCCAGUCCUGAGUGUCUGAGUCGUAGCACGGCAGUGGAAAUCGUCAACAGCAGCAAAGUUCUGCAGGCAGAGACCACCAUGCUUCUGGAUGGAAAACAUCUAUCUGAGUCCCCCGAGGAAGACGAGCUCCAUGUGACCCUGAACAGCCUGAUCGCCGAGCUCCACAAGCUGGACGACAUCCACUGGAUCUGUCCACUGAUGCACUGCGCUGAGGAGGAAUCAGUCCGUCCCAGCAGCAGCAGCAGCAGCAGCGGUAAGAGCAGCAUGAAAUUGAAGAUCAUGCCCAAGGGAAAGAAGGAGAAGGAGAAGCUCCAUAAGCAGAGGUCCAACAGCUCUCUCUCAGGAACAUGGGACGUCAAAACUCCUGAAGCAGAAUCAUCGGGCAACUGAGGAUGUGAUGAUGUACGUGAUCUUUUCCAUCACAUUAACAGCCAGAGGUGGGGAGAUGCCCCCUCUUCCGCUUCCUGCCUGUUGCCACCAGGUGGGCUGACAGAGGUGGGACCAAGGUGGUUUACUUCCUGUUCUUUUUGUUUUGGAAAGAGGCCUCGCUUCACCUGGGGUGAAAGAACUUCUAAUUUAAUGAGGGUUUGUUUUUUUUUGUUCCAAACUGAGUGUUUACACGGUGCUCUCCUUGCAUGCUGAGGCCCAAAUGUCGGAAGCGAAACAGCCUUCAGACUCAAGUGAGACUCAGUUCUCGUUGCUACUGCCAUGUGACCUCAGACUUGCAGAAUAUCUUAAAUGUUGCAAAAAACAAAAAAAAAAAGAAGAAACAUAUUGAAUGUAUUUGUGUGUUGAGCUGUGAAUUGUUGAAAUAAUAAUAUAAUUGAUGAUAAUGUACACAUGCAACAUGAAGGUGUGGUGGUUCUAAAGUGGUUCUUAGUAUGUUGUGGCCUCUCACAGGUACUCAUGAGGUCCUUUGUGGCCAUUCAGGGCCAGCUAACAAACUGCUGAUUGUAGAUGUAACGCACGAAUGUCAGACCUUUUUUUUUUUUUUGCUUUGCCAGUGCUUCUCACGAUCUCCGGUGGCUUCGCUGCUUCCCCUUUGCCUUUUUUAGGACUACGAUUAGGAUCAAUAAUGACUAGAAAUAGAAUACACAAUAUGUAAGAGUAUUGUAAGUACAUGUUUAUUGCCAGGGCUGCUUGCAUUAGGAAAUCACGCUGCAUUGUAUUACCGUAUUGACCCGAAUAUAAGACGACCCAUGUUGGUUCACACUUGUUUUUUGGACGGUUUGGCGCCACCUUCUGGUUUGCAUGAAUACACAUUUCAACCCCGAAAAUAAGACAAGCUGUCUUUUUCAAAGUAUACGAGACAACAGCGUCUUAUAUUUGGGUCAUUUAUCAUCAGGAUAAAUGCUGAUUCAUUUCUUUGACUCUUGUUAGGAUUUAGACAAUAUUAGCCUUUAUUGUAGUGAUGCUACGCUGCCAUAUUAUGACGAGCCUUUAAAAAAAGAAAACAUUGUAGUUAUGUCUGACUUAAUUUUUCUACACUGUCGUUAGACUGCAGCCACCGUGGAGGUGCUUGUGCCAAGUGGAACGACACUUUUCAGGUGUGUGCGUGCGCGCAUACGAGAGUGUGUACGUGUAUUUGUGUCAUACAUUUCAAAGUUUACUGUAUCUUUGCCUUGCACUUUACCAACAAAGAGGGGAAAUAUGCGUGUGUGUGUGUGUGUGUGUUUACAAACGCGUGUACGAUGAGGUGAAGACAAUUAUUUACGGCAAACAUGCUAAAUAUAUCCACAUGAUGACAUCAGUGGUUGUGUACUGUAGUUCCUCCUCCAUGUAACCACGGUAACCAUGUGAAGCUUUAAGCCAAAGCUGAAGAACUCCACCAAUGUUGUCUGGAAGUAAAUGUAUCACCGAUUGAUUGAUUGAUUGAUAAAGCUGAAAUGUUUGAAUUAUCUGUUAUUGUUAUUUGUUUUGAACAAAUGAUGGCAAUUUGUGUGUUGAUUUUUUUAAACAAAGCUCAUAUAUAUUUAAUUUUUUUAAAGGAUUGUUUUAAUUUAAUGUAAUGGGAUUUAGAAAGGAUCCCGCAACGCCAGAAGCCAAGCUCGAUGUUUGCACGACCAUGUGCUUUUGCCAGCUGUUGUAUUGUGUGCUGUCGUGUGCAGCGUGUAACAAAGACAGCAAGCUUCGGAGAUUAAAAAGACUUUAAUGGU